UUCAUUCAUUCUCGAAGUAAAAGAACUCAUUUGUAAGCUAAAGAAAUUCGAAUUAGGUUCUCUUCGAUUCAAGUUUUCAUAAAAAAAAAUGGCAACAGAAGGAGUUGUGAUCGGCUGCCACACCGUCGAGGAAUGGGAGGAGCAGUUUCAGAAGCACGUCGGUUCUGAGAAAUUGGUGGUUGUAGAUUUCACAGCCUCAUGGUGUGGUCCUUGCCGUGUGAUUGCACCAAUUUUGGCUGAAUUUGCUAAAAAGAAGCCCCAUGUUACCUUCCUUAAGGUAGAUGUGGAUGAACUUGAGACCAUAGCUCUGAAGUAUUCGAUUGAGGCAAUGCCAACAUUCCUGUUCCUCAAGAAUGGAGAGAUAGUGGACAAAGUUGUGGGUGCUAAGAAAGAUGAUCUCCAUGCUUGCAUUGUUAAGCAUGAAGGAGUUGCUGCUUCUUUAACUGUUUAAUGUUAAUGUAAAAGUCUACUCAUGCUAAAACUCUUUAAUCUUAGAAAUUGUGUGUGUAAACCUUGUUUAUAAAUUGUGGUUUGAUCUAUAUACAUAAAUGGAAGUUAUUGUUGUUUCAA